CUCGCACACGAUCGCCCGCCUAACUUGGUAAACGGCCUCCCUCCGUCUCGGAGAACUUUAGUGCGCCGCUUCCUCCGACCGAAUAAACACGUCCGAUCAGCGCUCAGCGUCGCCGGAGCAUGGAGUACAACGACACGCUGCUGAUACCGGGCCAACGCAUACGGCCGCCGGUGACGGGGGAGAUCGCGGCGGGCCUGCUGGAGCGGCUGUACGGCAUGAGGGCGACGAGCGUGCGCGAGCUCGACGCGUACGACGACCGCAACUACCACGUGCUGUGCGAGGAGGCGCACGCGAACCCGCACGUGGCUAGGCCGGAGACGGCCGGCUACGUCCUCAAGGUGAUCAAUUCGCUGGACUCGCUGAAGAGCGGCGUCCUCGAGGCGCAGAACGAGCUGAUGAUCUAUCUCGAUCAGCGGGGCGUCCGUUGCCCCGUGCCGGUGAGGAACCUGAACGGCGCUUACUUCUCCCUGGAGAGCCUGAAGAGCGACAACAGCAUGGAGAGGUACGCGGUGCGGCUGCUGGUCUACCGGCCCGGCGAGCUUCUUCAUCGCGCGAGGAUGAGCGGCGAGCUGCUGCGGAAAAUCGGCGUCCACGCCGCCAGGAUCGACGAGAUCCUAGCGGGCUUCGAUCAUCCGGCCUACUACGAGCACCGUACCCUGUGGAUGCUCACCUCGGUGCCGAGGCUGCGGCAGUUCACGUACGCGCUCAAGAGCCCGUUGGACAGGCAGCUGGUGCACGACGUGAUCGUCUGUUUCGAGAAGGAGGUGUUGCCGGUGACCGGACAGCUGGAGCAAGGGGUCAUACACGGCGAUCUGAACGAGCACAACAUCAUCGUCAGUCCGGACGGCGAAGACGUCGCAGCGGUGAUCGACUUCGGGGACUCGCAGAGGACCUGCCGCGUCUUCGAGCUCGCCAUCGUUCUCUGCUACAUGAUCCUGCAAGCGGCCGACGUCGGUAUGGGCAAGUACGUGGUGGAGGGCUACGAGCGUGUGAAGAAGCUCAGCGAAGCGGAGAAGAGGGUGCUCAAGGUCAGCGUGUGCGCCAGGAUGUGCCAGAGCCUGGUGAUGGGCGCGUACUCGCACCUUCACGACCCGCAGAAUCAGUAUCUGCUGUCCACGCAGAAGAUCGGCUGGACCUUGCUAAAGAGGCUCUGGCCGAUGCGCCCGAGCGACGUGACGCAAGCCUGGGGCUUGGACAGUCCCUAAAGCGGCCUCAGCGAGCG